CCGCGCCGCAAACCCCAUGAAACCCAACACGGCAAAUUUGCUCUUUCGACGAGACUGGUUUGGAGUGCCGCCGUGCGCAUGACGUUGACGUUUUCUUUUUUUAAGAGCGGGGAGCGGGAGGGGGAGGAGACCGAGACCGAGACCGAGACCUGACCGCAAUGAGUUGACGCCUUUUUCUGGCAUCUGAAAUGAGACGAGGAGCCAUUUCUUCGCCCCGCCCCCCCCCCCGCGUGUCGACGACUUAGCUGCCUGUCGGGCACGUGACCGCCGAAGGAAGCACGGCUGCCCGGUCGCGGAGAGGAGGGGCAAAGAGUUCUCCGGCGGUCUCCGGCGGCGGACGCAGAUGGAGCGGCUGUGCGGACCGGAGCUCCCCUUCUGGGUAGCCAAUCAGACGCUCCACACAGAUCAGCCCGACCUGCCUUUGUGUUUCCAACUCACUGUCCUGUCGUGGCUGCCGUGCAUUUACCUAUGGACUGUCUCCCCUAUCUACCUCUUCUACCUAAAGAAGAACAACAGAGGAUACAUCAUGAUGUCAAUCAUGAACCGAUUCAAAACGGUAUUUGGCUUGCUGUUAUGGUUUGUUUGCUGGACAGAUCUCUUCUACACGUUCCAUGAAACGCAGCAGGAAAUCAGUCAACCGCCCAUUUUCUUUAUCACCCCGCUCAUGCUUGGCAUGACGAUGCUGCUGGCCACAUUUUUCAUCCAGUGUGAGAGGCUACGUGGGGUCCAGUCCUCAGGGGUUCUCUUCAUCUUCUGGUUCUUGUCUGUGCUGUGCGCCGUCGUGCCUUUCCGCUCCAAGAUCCUGCAGGCAUCCAGCGAGGUUGAAGUUACUGACAAGCUGCGCUUCACCACGUUCUACUUCUACUUCGGCUUGGUGGUCUUGGAGCUGAUCCUUUGCUGCUUCAAUGAGAAACCUCCGCUCUUUUCCAAUGUUGUCGCCGACCCCAACGUCUGCCCUGAAUCCACAGCUGGUUUUCUAUCAAAGAUGACGUUUUGGUGGUUCACAAGUAUGGCCAUUAAAGGAUACAAAAUGCCCCUCGAGGCCAAGGACCUCUGGUCUCUGAACCAGCGUGAUAGCGCCAAGGCAACGGUGCCAAAACUCCUCAAAGAGUGGGAGAAGGAGCAAGCCACAGCUAAGCGUGAACAGAAUCCAUCCAGUCAAGUUUUUUACUCCAAGCCUCCACCAUCCACCACCAACCACGUAGGAGGUGAAAGUGGAACUAGCCCAGAAGAAGAUGAAGUGCUGCUGUCCGGUCAGAAAGCUGUACCUCGCCAGCCAUCGUUUUUACGUGCGCUCAUCAAAGCCUUUGGACCCUACUUCCUGAUUGGUUCAGCUUACAAGCUUCUGCAGGAUGUCAUCACAUUUGUGAACCCUCAGCUUCUCCGAAUGUUGAUCUCGUUCACAAAGCAAAAAGAUGCCCCCGACUGGUGGGGUUACUCGCUGGCCUUCCUCAUGUUCUUCACAGCUUUUUUGCAAACGCUCAUCCUCCACCAGCACUUUCAGUAUUGCUUCGUCACCGGCAUGCAUGUGCGCACCGCUCUCAUCGGUGCCAUCUACAGGAAGUCGUUGGUAAUAACUAACGCCGCCAAACGCUCAUCCACGCUGGGGGAGGUGGUCAACCUGAUGUCUGUGGAUGCCCAGAGGUUCGUGGACCUGACCACCUUCCUCAACAUGCUGUGGUCUGCUCCUCUUCAGAUUAUGCUUACGCUGUAUUUCCUCUGGCAGAAUCUGGGCCCCUCGGUCCUGGCCGGAGUUGCUGUCAUGAUCCUGCUCAUCCCAUUUAAUGCCGUUAUUGCCAUGAAAAGCCGCGCCUACCAGGUGGAGCAGAUGCAGCACAAGGACAGUCGCAUUAAACUCAUGAAUGAGAUCCUUAACGGCAUCAAAGUACUGAAGCUGUACGCUUGGGAGAACUCGUUCAAGGAAAAGGUGCUGGCCAUCCGGCAGAAGGAGCUCAACGUGCUUAAGAAGGCGGCCUACUUGGGAGCGUUGUCAACCAUGGCCUGGACCAGUGCCCCAUUUAUGGUCGCGCUGACAACAUUUGCUGUGUAUGUGAUGGUGGAUGAGAACAACAUCCUGGACGCGGAGACGGCCUUUGUGUCACUCUCACUGUUUAACAUUCUCCGUUUCCCUCUGAACAUGCUUCCCCAAGUCAUAAGCAGCCUCGUGCAGACGAGCGUCUCAUUGAAGCGAAUACAAAGUUUCUUGAGUCACGAUGAGCUGGAUCCAAAUUCAGUGGACAGAAGGAACUCACCGUCAGAUUUUUCAGUCACAGUUGUCAAUGGGAAAUUCACCUGGGCUCAAGAAGACACCCCUGUUCUGCACAACAUUAACGUGUUGGUGCCCCAGGGCUCCCUGCUGGCAGUGGUGGGCCAUGUCGGCUGUGGGAAAUCCUCCCUCAUUUCUGCCCUGCUGGGUGAAACGGAGAAACUUGAAGGAGAUGUUUCAGUCCGGGGCUCAGUGGCAUACGUUCCUCAGCAGGCCUGGAUACAGAAUGCCACACUGCGUGAUAACAUCCUGUUUGGGAAACUGUACAGUGAACAGAAGUACCGCUGUGUUCUGGAGGCCUGCGCCUUAACCCCUGACCUUGAGGUUUUGCCAGGAGGAGACAUGACGGAAAUAGGGGAAAAGGGCAUUAACCUCUCUGGAGGCCAGAGACAGAGGGUCAGCCUGGCCCGAGCGCUAUACAGUGAUGCAGAUGUCUACCUGCUGGAUGACCCGCUGUCUGCUGUUGACGCCCAUGUGUCCAAACACAUAUUUGACAACCUCAUCGGUCCAGAAGGGGCUCUGAAGGGCAAGACGCGUAUUCUGGUGACACAUGGCAUCAGCUACCUGCCCCAGGUGGACAAUAUAGUGGUGAUGGCGGAUGGAAGAGUGUCAGAAAUGGGCUCCUAUCAGGAGCUGCUCAAGCAGAAUGGAGCAUUCGCCGAGUUUCUCCGGAACUACGCUUUGGAGGACAUCAUUGAGGAGGAUGAAGCCACAGAGGAAAUCAUCGAUGACGAGGACUUGUACCCUGAAGAUACCCUUAGCAACCACACUGACAUGGUUGACGGUGAACCAGUGAUCAAUGAAGCGAAGAGAAAAUUCAUACGGCAAAUCAGCAUCAUUUCAGCGGAUGGCGAGACCCCUAAAUCCCGCUCAGUGAGGAGGCACGGCUGCAGUCAGAGGAAACACCCAGAGCCGCAAGAAAAGGAGUCCCAAAGGAUAGAGAAACUCAUCCAGGCAGAGACGGCGGAAACAGGCAGGGUCAAACUAAAGGUCUACCUAGAGUACGCCAAGGCAGUGGGACUGCUGCUUUCUGUGCUUAUCUGCAUUUUAUAUGGCUGCCAGAGUGCAGCUGCAAUUGGAGCAAACAUUUGGCUCAGUGAAUGGACCAACGAUGCAUUGCAAAAUCAAACGGAGGACAAUGUUAAUAUGAGGGUGGCUGUGUAUGCAGCACUAGGAAUUACACAAGGUGUGCUGUUGUUGGUUACCUGCCUGUUGUCCCAGACCUACAGUAUGGUACGGGCAGCCAAGCUCAUGCACCGCAACCUGCUCCAGCGGGUCCUGCGAGCGCCGCAGGCCUUCUUUGAGAGCAGCCCUGUUGGGCGGUUAAUAAACCGCUUCAGCAAAGACAUGGAUGCCAUAGACUCCCAGAUCCCACAUCAAAUUGACAUAUGGAUGCACACUUUCUGGUACACACUGAAUGUGGUGCUCGUGUGCUCUGCCCUCACCCCCAUGUUCCUCUUAGUCGUAGCCCCGUUAAUGGUGUUCUAUUGGUGGGUUCAGAGAUUUUAUGUUGCCACAUCUCGGCAGCUGAAGCGUCUGGAAUCCAUCAACCGCUCGCCCAUUUAUUCCCAUUUCUCUGAAACCAUCACUGGCUCGAGUGUUAUCCGAGCCUUCGGUAGACACUCUGCCUUUGUUUUCAUGAGUGAUAUGAAAGUGGAUGAGAACCAAAAGAGUUACUAUCCCGGUAUAGUGUCGAACAGGUGGCUGGGUGUGCGCAUCGAAUUCAUCGGGAACUGCAUCGUGCUGUUUGCUGCUCUGUUUGCUGUCACUGGAAAGGAUGAUCUGAACCCUGGCCUCGUGGGUCUGUCAGUGUCUUAUGCUUUACAGGUGACCAUGUCUCUAAACUGGAUGGUGCGGAUGACUUCUGAUCUGGAGAACAACAUUGUAGCUGUGGAGCGGGUGAAGGAGUACUCUGAGACCAAGACGGAGGCCCCCUGGGAAAUCGAGGACAAGAAGCCCCCUCCCGAUUGGCCCAUACAGGGGAACGUGGAGUUCCACAACUACAGCGUCCGAUACCGAGAGGGACUGGAUCUGGUCCUGAAAAACUUGUCACUGAGUGUCAAAGGAGGAGAGAAGGUCGGUAUUGUCGGCCGAACGGGAGCCGGCAAGUCAUCCAUGACGCUCUGCCUCUUCCGUUUGCUGGAAGCCGCUGAAGGAGAGAUCUCAAUCGACGAUGUUAAGAUAUCGGAGAUAGGCCUGCAUGACCUGAGGUCCAAACUCACAAUCAUUCCACAGGAGCCCGUGCUGUUCUCUGGAACACUGAGGAUGAACCUGGACCCUUUCGAGAAGUACAGUGAUGAAGAGGUGUGGAAAGCGUUGGAGCAUUCCCAUUUGCACAAGUUUGUGAGCAAUCAACCAGCAAAACUAGAGAUGGAGUGCUCAGAGGGUGGAGAGAACCUUAGCGUGGGCCAGAGGCAGCUGGUGUGUUUGGCUCGAGCUCUUCUGAGGAAGACACGAAUCCUCAUCCUGGAUGAAGCCACUGCCGCGAUCGACUUGGAGACGGAUGAUCUCAUCCAGUCUACCAUCAGGACUCAGUUUGAAGACUGCACCGUCUUCACCAUUGCGCACAGGCUCAACACGGUUAUGGAUUAUAAAAGACGCCCUCCACUUAUGGGAUCGAAAACGGCAUCAUCCUCAUCCUCAUCCUCAUUUGAUGACAAAGGAGUGCGAAUCCUUUGAGAAGUGUUGCCAGAAUGUGUGCGGGAAUCGCAGUUGCGUGGCAGCCAGACACACGGUCGGGGAGGGAGGCCCCGCGGGCGCGCCCGAGGAAGCCACG